AGUGAUUCAGAAAGUGAAGCACAACAGUACUGAAAACAACCUUCAUCCAGCUCAUGAAGAAUGGAGACUUUCAAGAUCAUGACCAUUGUCCAAACUGUUGCUUUUAUACAAGGAUAUGACAGUGUCAUCUCUGCUGAGCAUCCAAAGGUCAGGGUCAAUGUGAAACUUGUGUCACAAGCAGAUCAGCGUUCUGGGUCGUGCUCCUGGACCCUCAGCACUUCUAGAAACAACACGUCAGUUAUAGCCGUGGAGGAUAUUAAAAGUCUCUCUUCUCAGAUCUGUCUGUCCCUGGGAUGUGGCGAUGUGUAUAAAUUAAAGGCAUUUGAUGCAGAAUUGAACAGUACCUGUCUCACAGGAUGCCUUUACCAUGACUCUGAGCUAAACAACUGCACUCAAACUGUGAGAAGCCACUGCAAGGUGCUCUCUGAGGUUAUUUGUGGUUUUCCCUAUGUGGCUCUAAUAUCUAGCCCAUGUUCCUGGACUAUCAAAUCCCCAGACACAGAAUCCUCUGUGGCUCUGACUGAAGACACUGCCCAUAAUGUGUCCAGUGAGAUAUGCCAUGAGCUUGGCUGUGGACAGGUCUACAGACUCAUUCAGAGCAGUGCGCAAUUGAAAACAACCUGUUUCACAAACUGUGUUUAUCACAACUAUCAAUUAAAAAACUGUACGGAGGUAACUAAAUAUAGCUGCUCAAUCCUCUCUGAAGUUAAAUGUGGCAAUGCUGCUGUCCGAUUGGUUGGGGGCGGUCAUCGCUGCGGGGGGCGUGUGGAGGUGUGGCGGGGAUCCUGGGGCACAGUGUGUGAUGAUGGAUGGGAUAUGGAGGAUGCAAAUGUGGUGUGUUCACAGCUUGGUUGUGGGUACGCUGUGUCUGUCAGCGGGCAAGGUGAGCCGUAUGGCCAGGGUACAGGCCCCAUACACCUGGAUGAACUCAGCUGCACUGGAACAGAGGGGAGCUUAUGGGAAUGUCCAGCACUUAUGCAAGGACACGACUGUGGGCAUAAGGAGGAUGCAGGUGUGGUUUGCUCAGAAUACAAGGCCCUGCGACUGACAGGAGGUCUGGAUCGAUGCGCUGGGAGAGUGGAAAUCCAUCGCAAUGGUACAUGGGGGACAGUGUGUGACACGUGCUGGCAGAAGGAUGAAGCUACAAUGGCCUGUGAUAUGCUGAAUUGUGGAGAGGUCAAACAUUUCACAGCCUUUGACCCCCCCUUCAAGCAUAAAAAUGAAACACUCUGGUAUUUUAUCUGUAAGCAGAAUAGCAAAAACCUGUGGCAGUGUCCUGAGCACAUUAACAAUGAAUAUUUGUGCAUGGAAACAAAAGCAGCUGGGUUGAUUUGCAACAAUUCUCUUGGUCUGCCUGUUCCCACCACUCAAAUACCAAACUCAACACCAGCAACCACAGAGAUGACGAAAAUGGAAAAUUCACAUCGAUUCUUCCCAUCUCCAGAGUUACUGGGGUGUUUUGUUCUGGGUUUCUUUCUUGUGAUUGCAGUUAUCACAAAUAUCCUCUUGUGUCAUCAUAAUAAAAAGAAAAAAGCUGUUGUAGUCCAGAAGAGAUCGUAUGAUACGGACUAUGAGCAACAUGACAUCAGUCUGGAAGCCACUUUUCACAACUCAAUGCGGUACAGUGCAGAUGGUAAAACGCCUGCUGUAAAGGCCACAAACCUGAACAGUGUGAUGGAGGAGGAUAAUGAAGAUUUCCUGAAGCAGGAAUCCAGAAGAUCUGUCCUGGGCCACACCUUGGAUCCUUCCUUCAAUUACCAAGAACUAGAUAAAGGGGGCAGCAACAGAGAGGACUCCCCGUUGUACUCACCUGUCAGCUAUGAUAAUGAGGCCGUCUCUUCUGGAAGUGACUAUGAUGACAUUGGCAACUAUAUACAACAACCUAAUCACUUACAUUAGCUGGAAAUUGUGAUAUAGUGGCCACAUACUAUUAGUACAUUACCAUUAGACACCAUACCUGAGAACCAUUUUUUAUCAUUCUUUCAGACCUUUCAGUGUUUUAAAUGUUAUUUCUUUGUUCAUUCAUAUCUGUUUCUACAUAGUAUAAUCAAACUUUAUGCUAAAUGUUUCAUCAGUUUUUGAUAUCACUGCAGAUUAAGUGCAUACCAAUGUAAAAACUAAGUACAUUUACAUAUAGCCCACAAGUGUUUUUACUUCAAAUGCUUAGGACUGAUGACUGGUUCAUAUACCACAACCACUGAGGAGGACAUAUUCCACAUAAUAAUCAGAUUUAUUUUGUUGUAACCCUUCACCUUUUGACAAGGAGACCUCAGACCUCUGGAACUUGAACAGAAAAAUACAGUUCCCUUUCAAGGGAACUCGCGCUGCGUAAAUCGCUAUGGGAACGCCUCUGCGUGAUGUCGUCGUGAAGCACGUAUGCAAUCUGUCCAAUCAGGAGACGGAACGUCAUAGGCGGGUGACGUCACUGACCAGGAACCAUAAAGCCAGCCCGAAAACACUGUCAUUCAGCUUCUGUGUCUUCAGCAAGCGCUCCGUGUGAUCUGUCUGUCUUAUUUACUGUUGUCUGUCUCUAUUACGAGUGAUUAUCAUGGCGAGUGAGCAACAUUUCAGGAAGUGCGUGCACCCUUGUCCGCGUUUCAUCCCGGACGGGGACUCGCAUGAAAUGUGUGUUGUUUGCAUGGGAGUGCAGCAUGCCCAGGCAGCUCUCGAGGGGGCUGCUUGUGUGCAUUGUGAUAAGUUCCCGCUGAAAACGCUGCGCUCCCGCCGAGCUCUCUUCGAGGAGAGUGGCUCGGUUCGCGUUCCCCAGGGCUCGGGUCCCGCUUCUGCCGAAGCAGGGCGGCACCUUAUGUCCUGGGGUUCGCAGAUGGAUGUAUCAGAGGGGUUAGAGACGGGUCAUGCCUUAUCUCUGCCUUCACCUGGUACAUCUGGUAGUGUAUCCAUCCGGUGGUCGGAAGCACGCUUUGCGGUUUCUUCUGCUCCAGGGGAUACGGUCACGUUAAUGGCGUCUAGUUCUGAGGAAUUGGAUGUUGUUAGUGUGGCCACGGGAGAGUCUGAGGAUUCGCCACUUCAGUCUCCCGCGACCGAGGAGCUCAUGGAGGUGCUUUCUCGUGCUGUGGCUAAACUGAACAUCGAUUGGCCGGCCGAGAAGCAAGAGCAGACGGUGAGAAGCAAGCUAGAUGAACGCUUCUUGCCAUCCAGGUCUGCUCAACCUCCACGUCGGGCAUUACCAUUUUUUCCCGACCUCCACACUGAGGUGUUGAGGUCGUGGAAGAAACCGGUGUCUACCCGUGUCUACACACCUCAAACCUCCAUCUACAGCAAUGUGGCAGGGAUGAGGAGACACGGGUAUGGGGCGAUGCCAAGAGCAGAAGAGACGCUUGCGAGCCAUCUCUCUCCUCAUGCGGCGUCGUUCCUUAAAGCCCCGACGUUGCCCACUAAGCCGCUCAAGACUACUUCAGCGCUAGUGGGCAAAGCGUACUCGGCUGCAGGUCAGGCGGCGGCAUGCUUGCACACGAUGUCCAUCAUGCAAGCAUACCAAGCUGACCCGCAGGCGAAGUCCUCGAAGGGCAAGACGAAUCUGAGGGCCGUCAUUGCUGCUAAGAGGGCUUCGUCUAAGAAAUCCUGACGCCAUAAGGGCAGUCAGGAUUCUGAGGGUGGUCCCCUCCGGAGACAAGCAGUGUUCACCUCAUUACACGGUGCCUGUGAGUCUUCAGUGCCCUCAGGAGGGCGCUCUGCCAACCCCGCCGCAAUGCCGGGGCGCAGUAAUUCCCUGCGUGUCACCCGAGGGUGGCGCGCUUCCUCUGCAGUCAUGCCAGUUGUUCCCUGCCGGUCCGCCGCUUCAGGGCACUGUGCUGGCUGCUCAUGUAACACCAGAGGCCAGUCUCGAGAGACUGGUACCCUUAGUAGAUUUUUUGUCAGAGUGGAAAAAUCUGUCAAAAGUAUCUCAGUGGGUCCUGCGAACUAUAGAAAAGGGGUAUGCGAUUCAGUUCAGAACACACCCACCCCGAUUCAACGGGGUUCUAUCCACAGUGGUAGAUCCCGAGCAGGCUCUGGUACUGGCACAAGAAGUGCAGACACUCUUGCGAAAAGGAGGCUAUAGAGAGGGUCCCUCCUCCCAGCAGGGAGUCAGGCUUUUACAGCCGUUACUUCAUUGUGCCAAAGAAAGACGGAGGAUUACGUCCGAUUUUAGAUCUACGACAAUUAAAACGAACAGUAGCAAGGCUCAAGUUCAAAAUGCUGACAAUAAAGCAUGUCGUGUCACAAAUCAGAUCCGAGGAUUGGUUUGUGACCAUAGAUCUAAAAGACGCGUAUUUCCAUGUGUCAAUCCUUCCACAUCACAGAGAAUAACAUUGAUCCUCAAUACUGUCUCGGACAUAAGGCAAGGCCAGUCACUCACUGUAAAACAGUUCCAGAGACUGUUAGGUCUGAUGGCAGCAGCGUCCAACGUUAUACCUUGUGGCCUGCUGAACAUGAGACCACUGCAGUGGUGGCUCAAAACCAAGGGGUUCUCACUGAGGGGGAAUCCGUUUCGUAUGAUCAGAGUCACGCGGCGAUGCUUACGUGCUCUAGACAUAUGGAAGCAACCUUGGUUUCUAUCCCAGGGACCUGUGUUGGGGGCUCUCAGUCGUCGCGUCACGCUUACGACAGACAGGGCGAUCAUGAGUGGUCGCUCGACACGGGGUCUGUGGCAGGACCAUCAUCUCACAUGGCACAUAAACUGUCUAGAAAUGAUGGCGGUAUUUCUAGCUUUGAGAUACUUCCUCCCAGACCUCAGAGACAAACAUGUGUUAGUCAGAACAGACAACACAUCAGUAGUCUCGUAUAUAAAUCACCAGGAGGGUCUGAGAUCACGCCCGCUUUACAAACUGGCGAAUCAGAUUCUUCUGUGGUCCCAAGGGAAACUGCUAUCCCUCAGAGCAGUUUACAUCCCGGGGUACCUGAAUGUGGGAGCAGACAUCCUGUCGAGGCAGGGGCCGAGGCCCGGGGAAUGGAGACUUCAUCCGGAUGUGGUGAAGCUCCUUUGGGAGAACUACGGCGAAGCCCAGGUGGAUCUGUUUGCGUCUCUAGGGACGACUCACUGUCCACUGUGGUUCUCCAUGACAAACGCAGCACCUCUUGGGCUGGAUGCUAUGGUACAGCCGUGGCCGAGGCUACCGCUGUACCCAUUUCCCCCGAUCGCUCUACUCCCAGGAGUUCUGGAGAGAGUUCGCCGGGACGGGGUCUGCUUAUUACUGGUAGCCCCGUACUGGCCGGCCCAAGUUUGGUUCUCAGACCUGGUUUCUCUCCUGGACGGGUCUCCGAUGGAGAUUCCGGUCAGAAAGGACCUUCUCUCUCAGGCGGGCAGUCUAAUACUGCAUCCCCGCCCGGAGUUAUGGAAGUUGUGGGCGUGGCCUCUGAGGGGGCACGUCUCAUAGAUUCCGGUCUCUCAACUGAGGUUGUUGAGACCAUACUCCAAUCCUUUAGAAGAGAUUAAAUCCUGGUUUUCACACAAUUUUCUCAAGUUGAAUACUGAUAAAACAGAGGUUCUUCUUGUUGGCACUAAAUCCAAUUUGUCCAAAUCCAAUAGCUUUUCAAUUUCAAUUGAUAAUUCUAUAAUCUCUCCAUCUUCUCAGGUUAAGAGUCUGGGUGUCGUCCUCGAUAGUACUUUGUCUUUUGAAACACACGUAAACAAUAUUACUCGGUCUGCAUAUUUUCACCUACGGAACAUCAGCCGUCUCCGUCCAUUUCUCACAUCCAAUUCCACAGCCAUUCUUGUACACGCUCUAGUCACCUCACGCAUUGAUUACUGUAAUUCUCUUCUAUUUGGGUUACCUCACAAAUUCCUUCAUAAACUUCAAGUUGGUCCAGAACUCAGCUGCCCGUAUAAUUACCAGAACCUCUUCCACUGAGCAUAUCUCUCCUGUUCUCUAUCAUUUACAUUGGCUUCCUAUUAAAUAUCGGGUAGAGUACAAGAUUCUACUUCUCACUUUCAAAGCUCUUCACAAUCUUGCACCCUUAUAUCUCUCCGAACUGCUCCACAUCUACACUCCGAUGCGUACACUUCGAUCUUCCUCUUUUGUCUCUCUUGCUGUACCUUCUGUUCGUUUAGUUACUAUGGGGUCCAGGGCAUUCAGCUGUGCUGCUCCUCGUCUCUGGAAUUCUCUACCACUAUCCCUACAACAAAGUGAUUGUCUGGUUACUUUUAAAUCACAUCUUAAAACCUACUUAUUUAAAUUAGCUUUCUCUGACCAGUUUUAAAUAUUAUAUGUUAGCUAUUGCUUUGUUUGUAUUGUGUCUCGAUUUGUUUUAUAACUACCUUUUUACUGUACAGUGUCCUUGAGUGUUUUGAAAGCCGCCUUUAAAUAAAAUUUAUUAUUAUUAUUUAUUAUUAUCCAGAGCUCCAUCCACGAGGACACUGUAUGCUCUGAAGUGGAGAUUAUUCACUUCAUGGUGUGAAAAUCAUCAGUGGGAUCCAGUUAACUGCCCGGUUAGCGCUGUGCUGGACUUCCUACAGGAUAGAUUUUCUGCAGGGUUAUCCCCCUCCACACUAAAGGUGUAUGUGGCGGCCUUAGCUGCUUACCAUGCUCCUUUCAGUGGAGUCUCUUUGGGGAGACACCCGCAUAUAACCCGUUUCCUUCGUGGCAUUUUGAGGAUGAGACCUGCAGUACGCACGAGAGACAGUGUUUCUCAUCACCAUUUCGUCUCUCAAGAGAAUUGGGGACAUUCAAGCCCUGUCGGUUGCUCCAUCGUGCUUAGAAUUUGCGCCUGGCAAUGUAAAGGCAUUUCUUCAUCCCAGACCGGGAUAUAUCCCUAAGGUUCUUACUAAUACUGUGAGACCUAUAAUGCUGCAGGCCUUCUGUCCUCCUCCAUUUACGUCAUCGGACCAGGAAAAGCUUAAAUCUGCUAUGUCCAGUACGGGCAUUGGAUGCUUAUGUACACAGAGCUGCCAAUUGGAGAAAGAACGAUCAGCUGUUUGUAUGUUUCGGUGCACCAAGAAAAGGUUUACCAGCAUCUAAGCAGAGAAUGAGCAAGUGGGUGGUCACUUGCUUAUGAGGCGGUCGGACAGCCUUCACCAUUGGCUGUCCGGGCGCACUCUACGAGGACUAUGGCUGCCUCCAAGGCCUUUAUUUCAGGGGUAUCCCUUUCUGACAUUUGUGAUGUGGCAGGCUGGUCCUCACCGCACACUUUUGUUAAGUUCUAUGAACUAGACCUCGGCUCCGCUCCAGGGGCACAAGUGCUACUGUGAAUGUGCGCCUCGGCUUCACACGAUCGGUCACUUGUUACUAUGGCGACGUUGGUAUGGCGUUCCCAUAGCGAUUUACGCAGCGCGAGUUCCCUUGAAAGGGAACGUCUCGGUUAUGUAUAUAACCUUAGUUCCCUGACAGGGAACGAGACGCUGCGUAACCUUGCCAUACUCCCUGCAUGCCCGAGAGCGACUUGCUUCAGACUUUGAGAAGCUGAAUGACAGUGUUUUCGGGCUGGCUUUAUGGUUCCUGGUCAGUGACGUCACCCGCCUAUGACGUUCCGUCUCCUGAUUGGACUGAUUGCAUACGUGCUUCACGACGACAUCACGCAGAGGCGUUCCCAUAGCGAUUUACGCAGCGUCUCGUUCCUUAUCAGGGAACUAAGGUUAUAUACAUAACCGAGACGUUUUCGCUCAGUCGAGGCUUGUAAAUGAGCCUGGCUAGAUGAAUGAUUUUGAAGAGGCCUACGAAAUGUUUUCCAAUAGAAAUGUUAAAUGACUGAAGUGAUGCAAACCAUUCAACAUUUUUGGAAUAGUUCUAUCAUUGACAUAUCAUAUAUUGAGAUUCAUGAAAUGUAUUUAGUAAUUUAUUGUGAUGAGACAAGAAACAUUAACGCCAUUUUCAGCAUGUUAGGCAUACGAUUAAGAAUAAAUAUGUGCAUAUUGUUAAUGAAUUUAAAUGUAAAUGUGGUUUUCUGGAAGACUUUCAGCAAAUUCACUUGUCUGAGAAUAUGAUUCAUAAAACUGAAUCCCCAGAUCUACAGUAAGUAACAAGGUAAAAGAUGUGGCUUUGACUCGAGUAUGUUUUUGUGGUUUAUUAAAGUGACCAUUUGAACCAUUCAUUAAAAAUAAAAAUAUAAUUUGCAAAUUCAAAAUUAUUACUUUAGCCUACACUAAA